AAUUCGAAUCAGAAUCGUCUUGCUACCAGCCCGCAUCCGACGACAGCUUUACCAGUCUCUUAAUUAAAUCAUCAAUUUUAGGCAGAGAUUUAAUAAAAUUCCAAGACAAUAAGGCAUCGUGGUUAUUCCAUUAAUCCUCGUCACUAUAGCACCUCCGGCGUAUUGUCAUGGAAAAUCCUGCCUUUGAAUAUUCAGUAUCAAACUGCGACGAUGCAAACCUUCCAGCAGAACAAGACUAUAGUAGCACGAGUACUACUUCUCUUGCGCCUCCACCCAACCUAAAUCGAAAAAUGAGCCGGGACACUACCCCUCAUAUUGACAACUACAGAACUUGUAACAGUAAUAUUGAGAAAUCAUCAAACAGACCAACAUUGACUGAGCUAUAUGACCCUACUGACUUCGCUGCCAAGCGGCAGGAGUCAUUCGAGGACACUGCUACAGAUUUCACUCAACAGGACGACUCUAAGGUCGAAAAAUUUGGUUGGGUCGAAGGAGUUUUGAUUCGCAACAUGAUGAGCCUCUGGGGAGUCAUGCUUUUUCUGAGGCUUUCAUGGGUGGUAGGACAAGCAGGAAUAGGCGAAACAUUGGUUAUCAUUGCAAUAUCGACUUUCAUCACGUUGGUGACAGCUUUGUCUAUGUCCGCCAUCUCGACCAAUGGAGAAAUCGGCGGAGGUGGGACUUACUUUGUCAUGUCUAGAAUAUUAGGCCCAGAAUUUGGCGGUUCAAUUGGUAUCAUCUUUAUCAUUGCCAAUAUACUGGAUUGCGCAAUCAAUGUGGUUGGCUUUUCCAGCGCCGUGAAAGACAUGAUGUUUGAAUACGGUGGAGUGAUUAUUGUCGAUGGAGACAUAAACGACAUCCGCAUUAUAGGCACCGCUUCCUUAGUAUUCGUUGGCGCAAUCUGCGGGCUGGGAGCCCAAUAUGAAACCAAGAUGAAGGAUGCCAUGUUUGUCAUUUUAUUGAUUGCGCUAAGUAAUUUCCUUGUUGGCAGCAUUAUGGGACCAUCCUCUGAGUCGGAAGCAGCAAGGGGUUUCACUGGAUACAGCAUUAAUUUGUUGAAAGAAAACUGGAGCCCAUCCUACACUGUAACUGAUGGUCAAAUGCAGAAUUUUAUUUCCAUAUUUUCAGUUUACUUUCCAUCGAAUAUUGGUAUUCUUGCUGGAGCAAACGCUUCCGGUAACUUAAAGAAUCCAAACAAGGCUAUUCCAAAAGGAACCAUAUUGGCCAUCAUAAUUUGCAGUAUGUCUUACGCUGGAAUAGCUAUCAUUUGUGCUGCCACCGUUACUCGCGCAGCAACUGGAAUAGUCGAGGAUCUGCAAAACGGUACCAACCUAAUUUGCAAUGACACAGACCCAUGCAAUUACGGCCUUUCCUACGACUAUCAAGUAAUGGCGCUAGUCUCUGCUUUUGCUCCACUCAAUUACGUGGGAUGUUUCGCGGCCACUUUGAGCUCAGCCUUAACGGAUUUCUUUUCAUGCGUUGCCCUACUCGAAGUCAUCGCGGCCGAUAAGCUGUAUCCAUACUGGUUGAUUGGUUUUUUAGGGAAAGGAUACGGUGUAUCAAAGCAACCACUUCGCGCAUACGUCUGUACAUUCAUAAUAGCAUUAGCUUUCGUACUGAUUGCCGAACUCGAUGUGAUCGCGUUGCUGAUUUCGAAUUUCUUUCUCGCCACGUUUGCUCUCAUGAAUUUCUCAACGUUUCACGUCAGUUUAAUCAAACCCAUCGGAUGGCGACCAACUUUCAAGUAUUACAAUACAUGGCUGAGUCUACUGACGGGUAUUCUGGCAAUCGCUGCCAUGAUGCUCAUAAGUAUUCCCAUCGCGAUGAUAACGAUUGGGGUGGUCAUUUUUUUCUAUUUCGUGGUUCUUUACCGAAAGCCAGAGGUGAAUUGGGGAUCUUCUACCCAAGCUCAGACAUACCGCAUCGCUCUAAACAGCAUUCAACAACUUGCCCAUAUCGAAGAACAUGCCAAGAAUUACAGGCCCCAGAUUUUGGUGUUGACCGGACUACCCAACACUCGCCCUACUCUAGUCGACUUCGCAUAUCUCAUCUGCAAGAAUAACUCACUGAUGAUUUGUGGAAAUAUUGUCAAGGAGCGAUUGACGCAUGAAAUGCGCUCCAACCUCCAGCAGAAGGCUUAUCGCUACUUGCGAUUCACCAAAAUCAAAGGAUACUUCUCUAUUUCUGACAACUCGGAUCUCCAAACAGGCGUGGCCGCAAUGCUCAGUCUCUCGGGAGUGGGAAAAGUGAAGCCCAACAUCCUGAUGAUGGGGUACAAAAACGAUUGGGCAACCUGCGAAAGAAAUUUGUUGGAUCAAUACGUGCUAACUAUACAUACGGGAUUUGAAAUGAAUGUAGCUGUGACGAUUCUUCGUCUCAAAGAAGGGCUCGAUUGCUCAGAAGUUUUAGCUGACGUUGAUGAAGCGAUAUUAAAAGCUAGCAACAAAAAAACUAAAGGGAAAAAAGAAACUUUAGAUAUUCCCGCACUAGGAAAUGAAACUCCCGAGACAUUUACAGCAUCUACUGAUACCGAAACACAAACAGAAAUUUCCACUAAAGAUCGAAGUUUCGAACCAGAUAAAAAGAAGAAGAAGGCUGAACAGAAUCACCCCUUCAGAGACACUAACGGAAAGCCACUGCCAAAAAGCGUACUGAACAAUAUUAUCUUAUUCCAAAGCAAACAAAAAAAGAAUACGAUCGACGUUUGGUGGCUAAGCGACGAUGGAGGAUUGACACUUUUGUUACCGGUUAUAAUCAACAACCGAUCGAAUUGGUCAGCCACUAAGCUGCGCGUUUUCUGCACAGCGUCUGGUGUUAACGAACUGGAAAAAGAACACAGGGGAAUGGCGAUUUUGCUCUCCAAAUUCCGGAUUGAUUACUCCGAUCUGGUGAUUAUUAAUGACGCUGACGAAGCACCGAAAGAAAAAACAAAGAAGUGGUUCAAUGGCAUAAUACAGCCGUUGUUACAACCAGGAACUAAUGGACCUCUACUAACGAAAGAAGAACUGGAAGUUUUCCAAUAUAAAACGGAUCGCUAUCUGAGAUUGAGAGAACUGCUCCUGGAUCACUGCUCGGAUUCCAACUUGGUUGUCAUGACUUUACCAAUAACUCGAAAAGGAGAUUUUAGUGCUCCGUUGUAUAUGGCCUGGUUAGAGGCACUUACAGCAAACAUGCCACCAUUUAUGCUCGUUCGCGGGAAUCAAACAUCCGUUUUGACAUUUUAUUCCUAAACUAUAGGCCGUUUCGUCUGUUAAAAACGCGAACCCCAUCCAAAGCAAGACGUCUCGUCGUCUGUCAUAUUAAGCCCCACUUAUGCUUUUUGCUCCUUCAUUCACCACCUAUACGUAUUUCCUUUCUUUUGGAAUUUUGACUCUUUUAUCCAUUUCAUUACAUUGGAGCUGGAAGGGAUUAUGCAUUGCUGCAUUGGCGUAGUACGAGCCAUUGAACCCAUGCAUCUAUUGAAAAUUUAUCUCGAGAAGGUAAAGAAAUAUAUUGUAUCAAGAAUCGUAUAGUUGCCAGUGAAAAUAAUGUGUGCAUUUUAUACCGGUAGUAGAUAUUGCAAAUUGAACGAAAGAAAUUAUUACAUUUUAUUAAAAAACUU